AUGGAGGCGACGCUCCUGCUCGCCGGCGUCCUGCUCCUGGCGGGCGUGUGCGGCGCGGCGUACCCCGGCGACGGGGGCUUCAGCGUGGAGCUCAUCCACCGCGACUCCAUCAAGUCCCCGUUCCACGACCCGAAGCUCACCCGGCACGACCGGUUCCUCGCCGCUGCCCGGCGUUCCAGGGCGCGCGCCGCCGCGCUCCUCGCGUCCGACGUGUCCUCCGACCUGUUCUACGGCGACUUCGAGUACCUGGCUGCCGUCAACGUCGGCACGCCGCCUGUCCGGUUCCUCGCCGUCGCCGACACCGGCAGCGACCUCGUCUGGCUCAAAUGCAACACCACCCAAAACAACAACGGCAUCGUCUCUUCCGACUCCGGCAACAACAGCAACUCUUCCCCGCCGCCGCCGCCUCCAGAAGCCGUGGUGUACUUCAACCCGUUCGAUUCCUCGUCCUACUCCCGCGUGGGCUGCGACGGGCCCUCCUGCCUUGCGCUCGCCACCAACGCCUCCUGCAACGGCGACUCCCACGCCUGCGACUUCCGCUACUCCUACCGCGACGGCGCCAGCGCCACCGGCCUCCUCGCCGCCGACACCUUCACCUUCGGAGGCAACAUCAAUAACGACACCACAAGCACCGCCAGCAUCGACUUCGGCUGCGCGACGGGCACCGCGGGCCGCGAGUUCCAGGCGGACGGGAUGGUGGGCCUGGGCGCCGGCCCACUCUCCCUCGCGUCCCAGCUGGGCCGGAAGUUCUCCUUCUGCCUAACAGCCUACGACAUCGACGACGCCUCCUCGAUACUCAACUUCGGCGCCCGCGCCGUCGUCUCCGACCCCGGCGCCGCCACGACGCCACUAAUCGCCUCCUCCUCCAACGCCGCCGCCUACUACGCCAUCUCCAUCGACUCCCUCAAGGUCGCCGGCCAGCCCGUGCCCGGCACCACCAGCGUCUCCAAGGUCAUCGUGGACACGGGCACGGUGCUGACGUUCCUCGACAGGGCGGCUCUGCUAGCCCCACUGACAGAGUCUCUGGCGCGCGUCAUGGACGGCGCGGGGCUGCCGCGGGCUCCGCCGCCGGACGAGACCCUGGAGCUGUGCUACGACGUGAGCCGGGUGAAGGACGUGGACGGCGUCAUCCCGGACGUGACGCUGGUUCUGGGCGGCGGCGGCGGCGGCGAGGUGAGGCUGACCGGGGAAGGCACGUUCGUGCUGGUGAAGGAAGGCGUGCUGUGUUUGGCCGUCGUGACCACGUCGCCGGAGCUGCAGCCGCUGUCGGUCUUGGGCAACGUCGCGCUGCAGGACUUGCACGUCGGGAUCGACCUCGACGCGCGCACGGCCACCUUCGCCACGGCGAACUGCGACUCCAGCUCGCGGGCCACAGUUAAUUCGGUCGCCGCCGAUGUCUAG